AUGGGUGUUCAGAAGCGGAAGGCUUCGGGGAGACAAAACUGCACCGAGCGCUGUAUGAUCACAGUUGCCAAAUGCAUGGCACAAGCGCAGGGCAUGAGGGACGAGGUGCAAAGUCAAGUUGUAGAUAGCGCUAGGAGCAGCAACGAGUACAUUCGCUUCCAGCUCUGUAUAUUCUACGAGAAGAUGUCGGCUUCACGGGUCCGCAGUCUAGAUUUGUUCACUGCUGCUGCUCACAUUGGUGUCAUGAGCAGUUCAGAAUAUCGUUUCCCGAAAGCGCUCGUAAAAGCCAUUCUGAUGCAGGCCAAGAGGCAGCUAGCUGGAGCCGAUGACAUCUCUGAGAGCAGUGUGCGAAAGCUCUGUGAGGAGAUCGAACGCCCGCUGGAGCGCCGUUCGCUCUGCGCGCCGCUCUGCAGCGCCACCUGCGGUGGCACGGCGAAGGGCAUCGACGCCCUGCCGUUGUCGUGGGCGAGACCUGAGCAAGAGGUGUGGGUGCUGAGAGAGGUUCUGAAACCCUCCGAAGUUCAAGCGAUCCGAGAAUGGGGAUUGUCACGCGCUGAUUGGGUGCAAGCAAAUGGACAUUUGAUCAACCAAUUCUUCGAUCCGGUGCUUUCCUUCAAACUUUGGAGCCGCGUCAAGCACCUCAUGCCCAAUGUGCAAGGUCUUGCAGCUGCGGGGCUGAAUGAACACCUGCGCUUCUUGAGGUAUGGCGAGGGCCACUAUUUUGCUCCACACCAAGAUGGUGAAAACCGCAAAGACUGUGGGAGAUCGGUCUUCUCUGCCCUUUUGUACCUCUCAGACAGCACUGGCUGCGAUGAUGGCUCUACUCGCUUUGUUUCGCCACUGUGCCCUGAGGUAGCACGUUGUGGCCGUUGCGAUUGGUCUUGUAGCCAUUGCGUGGAUGCUCCAGUGGCAACUGGAGAUAUGGUGAUUUUCACACAGACCUUGCUGCAUGCUGGGACUGAACCCAAGAACUCGGAGAAGUAUGUCAUCCGAACCGACGUGAUGUAUCCAGUAUCAUCUAGCUGAGCCACACAGCUGCUCAGGAAAUGGAAAGCUCAGAGACUGUGAAGUACAGCAAAAACUUCUGUGCGUUGGAUGAUGUGAUUUGACAACCACCAUUGAGAAGACUAUGAUUUGUGGAGAUGCAUUGCUGUCAGCCAAGCCUUUGCUUUGUCAUUGAUGGCAUCAGCAACAGACUCCAAGAUCGUGAAGGAGAACGCAGUGUUGUAGCCGGGGGUAUUGCUACAAGUGGAUACAAGUGGGACACUGCGGUCAUUGGUCGGAGACACACUCUUCUCCCUGAUGGUCGCAGCACUUUCAAGUUUCUCGGCGUUGAUCGCCACCUUCUAGUAGCGCUCUUGCACCGGAGAAACAUGGUACACUUUACAUCUCGAAGCCUGCGGUAGAGGAAGAGGCUCUACCCAGGCCAAAGAAAACGUUUGAAUUACUUCGCUUGGCUCAACUGAGCUGUAGCUGUUUCACAGAUGCCGUGAACUUGCUUAUGUUUCAUCAUUUUCCAUAAUUUUCCAUACUUUUCCAAUGAUCGAAGAGGAUCAAGAGCUGACAGCAAACAGAUUUGCUGCUCACGCCUUGGACAGAAUUUUGCCUGUCGAUGGUGCAGCUGACAGGAUUGACCCGUGUGGUUUGAACAA